GUCCGUCAGCGGUGAGGCGGUCUCAGUCAGGAUUCUUUGGGAAAAGAAUUUCAAUAACUGUUGCUGUAUUUAGUCUCCGAUCUACGGGAAACUGUACAUUUAAUCGAAAACCAUGUCUUCUUCCGAUGUUGCUCGGCAACCGGAUAAGGGAGUCCGGCCUCUCUCCCUGGCAGGCCAUGUGGGCUUUGACAGCCUCCCAGACCAGCUAGUCAACAAGUCUACCAGUCAGGGUUUCUGCUUCAACAUCCUUUGCAUUGGUGAGACGGGGAUUGGCAAGUCCACCCUGAUGGACACCCUGUUCAACACCAACUUUGAAAACUUUGAAUCGUCGCACUUUGAGCCUCAAGUGAAGCUGCGGGCUCAAACCUACGACCUGCAGGAAAGCAACGUGAGACUGCGCCUCACCGUGGUCAACACGGUGGGGUUCGGAGACCAAAUGAACAAACAGGAAAGUUACCAGCCGGUGGUGGACUACAUCGACAGGCAGUUUGAGAGUUACCUGCAGGAGGAACUCAAAAUCAAGCGCUCCCUUUUCAACUACCACGACUCACGAGUCCACGCCUGUCUGUAUUUUAUUUCCCCCUCGGGCCACUCGCUCAAGUCCCUGGACCUAGUCACCAUGAAGAAACUAGACAGCAAGGUGAACAUCAUCCCUGUUAUCGCCAAAGCGGACACCAUCAGCAAGAGCGAGCUGCACAAAUUCAAGAUCAAAAUCAUGAGCGAGCUGGUGAGCAACGGCGUGCAGAUCUACCAGUUCCCUCUGGACGACGAGACAGUCGCCAAGGUCAACACGGCCAUGAACGGCCAUCUGCCUUUUGCUGUUGUGGGCAGCACAGAAGAAGUCUGUGUAGGUAACAAGAUGGUGAAGGCCCGCCAAUACCCCUGGGGGGUGGUCCAAGUGGAGAAUGAGAGUCAUUGCGACUUUGUGAAGCUGAGGGAGAUGCUGAUUUGCGUCAACAUGGAGGACCUGAGAGAGCAGACGCACACCCGCCACUACGAGCUCUACAGGCGCUGCAAGCUGGAGGAGAUGGGCUUCAAAGACACAGACCCCGAGUGCAAGCCUGUCAGUCUGCAGCAGACCUACGAAGCCAAGCGUCACGAGUUCCUAGUGGAGCUGCAAAGGAGAGAGGACGAGAUGAGGCAGAUGUUUGUGCAGCGGGUCAAGGAGAAGGAGGCGGAGCUUAAGGAGGCCGAGCGAGAGCUGCAGAGUCGCUUUGAGCAGCUGAAGCGCCUCCACGCCGAAGAGAAGUCAGCUCUGGAGGAGAAGAAACGACUCCUGGAGGAGGACCAGAGCUCCUUCGGCAAGAGACGUGCUGCUGCUCAACUGCUGCAAGCCCAAAGCCUCACCGCCAACGGCAAGAAGGACAAAGACCGCAAGAAUUCCGGCUUCAUGUGAAGAAUGUGGGAGUCUCAGCCUGACCAGCGACAUCAUUCCCAGAUCUCUGUGGCCGGUGGUCGGUAAACACUAACCAGCUCCCCACCCCCUCCUCACCAAGCCUCCCUCCCUCCCUCCCGCCCGCCCGCCCGCCCGCCGCCAUAAUCACCACCAGCAACACACCAGCGUGUUUUUGUGCCAAAGUUAAGACCAUACUUUUUACGUGUACUCUUUAUUCUGGAUCUAACAUGUGGGUUUUGUACAGUUCUUCAGUGUUGUUUUUUUAGAGGAAGAGGCUGACAUUUGCACAUCUUUCCAGUAAAUCAUGGACCUACAAUGCUUUAAAUGCUACUUUCUUGUCUUUCAUGUUGUAAUCGACUCAUCUGCAGAAUGACUGCCGAAGAUGAAAGCAAGACAAUGAAAGCCUUCAUUAUAGUCAAUAGACCAUGUGACUUUACGAACUAAAGCUACAGAAUCCUAACUUUUGAACCAAUUUGUGUUUACUAGGCGAAGGUUGAAGUUGACUUUAGAUUGGUUCCAGUAUAUUUUUAUACAUUAGACUCGUGUAUAUACUUCCUCCCUUCUUGCUUCUGCUGACACGAGCGUGCACAUCAGUGCUGACUCUUGGGGAAUAAACGUGGGGAGGAGGACGAGAGGGGGAAGAUUAUUUUCGAUGCACUCGAGACUCACACACCUUGUAGCGUUUGAACACCCAAAGUGGGCGGUGCUGCUUACUGAGCGUGACGCGUGUGUGUUCCUGAUGUGUUACAUGUGCCUUAUGUGUGUCCAGCUUACUGUAACAAAAAACACUUGACUUGUACACUCCGUGAAACACACGGAUGCUUGAUGGAGGGAACCUUUUUAUACUUGUACUACACUUGUAUUUAUGAAAUAAACAGUGUUACUCACCA